AUGGAGUAUGAGCGCGAGCAGAUCUGCGGCAUCUAUGGCAUCUGCGGAAUCUGUGCAGCUCGGAAGGCAGUUGCAAGGGUAUGCGCGCUUCUUUGCCUCGUUGAAGUCUGCUUCUGCUUGCAGGGAAAGGGAUCAGGGACUCUCCAAUCUGACCCAGGAGCCUCACAGUCAAGGGUGCGUAGGAAGCGCUGCUCAAAAAGGCAGACCGAAAGACUUUCAGCCCAGCCCUGGCUGCCAGCGGCUGGAAUCUGCGCCAGGAUGUCAAGGUACAAGAUCUACCGAGGAAUUGUCAACCUGCCCCUUCCUGUGUUCGCAUCCUUACCUCGGAGAAGUGGCAAGGGCAACACGGAGGAGCAUGAUUGA